AUGGGCACAGGUGAUCGCCUGCUGGACAUACCGUGCAAAGUGUGUGGCGAUCGAAGUUCUGGCAAACAUUAUGGCAUCUACAGUUGUGAUGGUUGCUCGGGCUUCUUUAAGCGCAGCAUUCAUCGCAAUCGCAUCUACACCUGCAAAGCAACGGGUGAUCUGAAGGGUCGCUGCCCCGUCGACAAAACUCAUCGCAAUCAGUGUCGUGCCUGCCGUCUGGCGAAAUGCUUUCAAUCGGCAAUGAAUAAAGAUGCCGUACAGCAUGAGCGCGGUCCACGUAAACCCAAACUGCAUCCACAACUACACCACCAUCAUCCCCAUCAUCCGCACCAUCAUCAUCACCAUCACCAUCACAACGGCAUGCCGCAUCACCAUCCCGGCCAUCAUCUGCCUGUCUCACUAGUCACCAAUGUGUCGGCUUCCUUCAAUUACACUUCACAUAUUUCCACCCACCCUGUACAGGGUUUCCAACCACCAGCACAUCCGACCGCCUUCCAUCAUCCCGGACAUGCGCUGGCGCAGCAUAGCGCUUUGCAAAAUGGCGCCGUUGCCGUGCCACCACAUCCCCCAUUGCCAUUUCCACCGCAUCUCUUGCCGCAUAUGCAUCACAAUCUCAUUGCGGAGGCCACCAGCAAAUUGCCGAACAUCUCGGCCGCUGCGACAGCCACUACAGCCGCAACGCUUGUGGGUGCGGUGAAUGCUGCGACGGCAGCCGGACAGCCACAAGGAACAAAGCAUUUGCCGCUGUCGCUUACCACCGGCAUGCCCACUUAUGACCUGACAAAUAGCGGCGGUUCCUCUGGUGGCGCUAGCGGUGGCGCUGCCAGCACAACGAGCUUGGAGUUCUACGCAAAGUCAACCGUGACGACACACAACUACUCGUCGCCAUCGCCAACGCCUUCCAUACAGUCCAUAUCGAGUAUUGGCGGUCGCAGCUCGUUGGGCAGUGAGAGUCCGCGUGUAAAUGUGGAGACCGAAACACCAUCAGCAACACCGCCGUUGUCGACUAGCGCCUCACCAGUGCCCUCGCUGACGGACACUAAUGUUACCGGUGGACCGGACUCACCGAUUAUCAAUAUCAAUGGCAAUAGCAAUAACAACAAUAAUAGUGAGUCCAUGGACAACAACAAUGAUAACAGCAUAAACAAUCAGAAUUGUAAGCCGGGUAGUGGUGGCAGCGGCAGUUUGACUGCCAGCAGUGGCACACCAUCGCGCUCGACGCCGCUCUCCAGUCAUUCGCCAACAGCUCAUCAAAGCAUUGCUGGCGUUUCUAAUAGUUCCAGCUCGUCGGCCGCUGCUGCGGCGAGUCAAGCUGCGGCGCUUUAUGCAGCACGUCAAAACGGUUUCCUCGAACUCUUACUCAGUCCUGACAAGUGUCAAGAGAUCAUACAAUAUCAAGUGCACAAUUCAAUACUAUUUCCGGCGCUGCCACAACAAUUGAUUGGCGUGGACUCGCGUCUGUUGUCAUGGGAAAUGCUGCAGGAAACUACUGCACGUCUACUCUUCAUGGCUGUGCGUUGGGUUAAGUGCUUGAUGCCCUUCCAAACGCUUACCAAGAAUGAUCAGCAUUUAUUGUUGCAGGAAUCGUGGAAAGAGUUAUUCCUACUCAACCUCUCACAAUGGACGAUCCCGCUCGAUCUCACACCCAUACUCGAAUCACCACUCAUCAAAGAGCGCGUACUCCAAGACGAAGCCACACAACUGGAAAUGAAGACCAUACAAGAGAUACUCUGUCGCUUUCGUCAGAUCGGGCCCGAUGGCAGUGAGGUCGGCUGCAUGAAAGCGAUCGCGCUCUUUUCGCCCGAAACAGCUGGACUCUGCGAUGUGCAACCCGUCGAGAUGUUGCAAGAUCAAGCGCAAUGUAUACUCUCCGAUCAUGUGCGUCUGCGUUAUCCACGACAAGCGACACGUUUUGGACGUCUACUGCUGCUGCUGCCAUCCUUGCGUACGAUACGCGCCGCCACAAUCGAGGCGCUCUUCUUCAAGGAGACCAUUGGCAAUGUGCCGAUAGCGCGGCUCUUGAGGGACAUGUAUUCCAUGGAGCCGGCGCAGGUGGACAAUAAGUAG